AUGUCUCCUACUUCCUUCGCAUCUUCACCUGGAACCUUAACAAAUACUACGCCCAAUAACAAUUACUCACCUUCAUCAAUGGUGGCGACUUUGGAACUAAAGAAUAGUAAUGACCCCUGCUUGCAUGACAGUAACAAUAUUAGUGCUAAUGGCAAGGAUGAAGUAAGGAUUGAGGGAUCAACUACAAGCAACUCUAUUGUAAAUGGAACCACUGUCAUUGAGGCUGCUGCUACUGUUCCUGAAGCUGAGACAUCGGCAGCACCUUUGAUUUCAGCUAUCAAUAACACGCACGGACGGCUCAGAGAACUUGGAUAUAUAAGCAGGAAUGCUAGGAAUAGGGCUAGCUCCACGUCAACGGAAGAUUAUACACACUCCCUUUCUUUUGCCUCCUAUGACCCUCAAACAGCGGCAGCAGUCACAGAUGCUUCAGCAGCAACGAUAGUUCGCAUCAAUGAUGAAGAUGAGAGAAGUGAAUAUACUUCGUGUCUUGAGCCCGGAGUUGCAGACAGAGAGGAUGAUGGGGAUGAAGAUAAAAGAAGAGGAGGAAGACGUCAACUUGCGUUACAGCAACAGCAACAACAGCAGCAACAACAACAACGGCAGCAGCAACAGCACCCAGUAGCCGAACAGGCUGUCUAUGAGGAAUGUUCCGAGCCUGUCUUCUCUUGCUCAAUACCAGACUGGCAGACAUUUAAAGCUGGGGCCAUUCACAAGAACUCAUUACAACUGGUUGCAUUCACGCUUUUUGAAUGGUGCAUGGUCUCUUAUUCAGGGCUUCAGAUAUGGCAACAUGACCAGUUGGUCAAAGAUAUUGGUAUAUCGGAUGAACUUUUGAUACAUCUAGGCGACAUCAAGACCCGUACAAUCUUAUUUUCACAGUUUGGUGUUCAGGUCACAGCCUGCAUAGGGAUCACUCUUUUAACCUGGCGGCUAUAUUCUGAGUUCGGGUGGCUAGUCUUCCAAAAGUUGGGCGCAGAUGUAUCACUGAGGAAGAUGAUGAAAGAGUAUCGUCUGCUGUUCACAUUACUCAAGCUGGACGCGUUUUUCUUUUUCGGAUAUGCAAUCCAGAUUGCGAUCUUGACUGACAAAUACUGGCAAAAGGGUUUGACCGAGGUUGCUUUUGCGGUUCCUUUGUCCUGCAUCAUUAUCUUGCUUGGAUUUUGUGCCUUACGCAACGAGAACAAAGUAACGAUGGGUGGGUUCAUUACAUGCUUGGCUUUGUUGAUCGGGUAUAUGAUCUAUCGCUUGGUCGCACUCUUUCAGACCUUAACUGGAGAUCCUGCAACGGACCCUUACUUCUUUAGCCGCAAAACCAUGACAGUCUUUGCUGGAUUGACACUAUUUAUGACUAUCCUUGCGCUCAUCAACGCAAUAGUUAUGCUUUACAACUUUAACAAGGGCCUCAAGGAAGCUAUGCGGCAAUAUCGAGUCCGUCGCUCAGGCACUAUCCGUUCAGUGACUCAUUCUACACGUCGUUUGUCAAUUCACGGAAGCGGAUCCAUCAAUAUCACUGCCUUUACAAAUACUUCUGGCGGUUGUAAUACCAACAAUAACGGAGAACAAUGCCUAAGAGCUGAAGCUGGAAUUGAAAUUGGAGCUGGAGCCGGGGCCAGGACCGGAGCAGAGGAUGGGACUGAAACAGGGGCUACCUUAGGAUCAAGACCAGCAAUGGUCCAAAAAAAGGGCUUCUCCUUCUUGCCUAAUCUUCAACAAGGUUCCAAGAGAACUGUCAUCCGUUAUGAUGUAACAACUACAACCGCUGUCCCCACAAUGACUGAGCGUUGGGAAAUUGAGUAA